UAUGGGGUUACCAUAGCAAUGCAGGGAACGGGGAAUCACUAAAUAGCAGUGAAACGUCUUAGCAUCUCAGCUAGCUGUUUUAGCGUAACAAUGCACGUUUAAUAUAACAAAAAAGUUUCGUUCAGUGUUAUUAAAUGAUUUAAUUCGGAAAGCCUACAUGUUUUACAUGCUAGUCAGCGAGCUAGCUUAACACAAAGGAUAACAAAACAGCGGCUAGCAUUAGUGAUGUUCCCUAACUAGCGUUGUCUCUCUAACUAAUUAGCUAAUAGCUCAUUACCUGUAGUUAUUAUAAUAUUAUUUUGAAGUAUUGUUUUGUGGUAAAAUGUUCACGGAUGAAUCUCUGGAUGUUGUCGGUUUUCAAUCAUCGUGGAAAAAGUCUCAUCAACAGACUCAGGAUUCGAAAACGUGUCAGACUGUUCCAGUUCACACAGCCGAGGCUGAGGCGCAGGUCAGAAGUGUGUUAACUAACAGCACACAGACCGAUCCUUCAGAGAGCCUCACUGAUCAGCUUACACUCCACUUGGACCUGUCAGAUGAUCCGCCCGGGCUGAAGGAUUUCCUGCAGCGCGUGGAGGACCUGGUCAUCCAGGAGCUGGUGAAGAACUCAAAGAGCCACGCUUUUGAUGGAUAUGAAGUGAACUGGACUGAUCAGCAUGAGACGGUCUCAUGUUUGUUCAGUCUCGGGUACUGUGAGGCUCAGGACAGGGGACUUCAGGUGACCAGCGUGUCUUGGAACUGCACCGGUUCUGUUAUAGCGUGUGCUUUUGGACGUGUCGAUGAUGGUGACUGGAGUACUGAGAGGUCAUAUGUGUGCACGUGGAAUCUGGACCGUAGAAGAGUGAACCCCAAACAGCCUGACAUGGUCAUAGAGACAUCAACAGCCGUCAUGUGUGUGUCUUUCCAUCCACUGCGUCCGUCUCUGAUCGCAGGAGGGCUGUACAGUGGAGAAGUGAUGGUGUGGGAUACAAGUCACACUCAGGAUCCUGUUUUGGCUCAAACAGGGAUGUGUUCAGAUACGCACAAAGAGCCAGUUUAUGAGGUGAAGUGGGUCCCAGGGCCUCGUCGAGGAGAGAUGUUGCUUGUAAGUGCAUGUUCAGGAGGUCGAGUCCUGCGCUGGUGUGUAGAUGGAGCAGAAGGAAAACUGAACCUAACUGCUGGAUUUGCUCUCAUCAGGCAGCAGCUCCCUCUGAGUCAAUCAGCCAACAGGGUGAGAGGUGACACAGCUAUAGGUGUGACCUCUCUUGCACUCUCACCUUGGGAUACAGACAUGUUCCUGGUGGGAACUGAGGGGGGUCUAGUGCUCAAGUGUUCCUUCAGCAGUCAGACAGUUGCAUCAGUGCCCCCUGAUGGUGAGAGGGUGACACUACAUGCUCCUGCACAGUUUUCCUUCACACCACGAGCUGGUCCCAUCCAGUCGCUCCAUUUCUCCCCCUUCCACAGGAACCUGUUUGUGAGUGUGGGGACGGACGGUUUGGCGCAUGUGCACAGUGUCCUGCAGCCUGCACCUCUGCUAUCUCUGCGCGUUUCUGACUCGUAUGUGUUUGGAGUUCGGUGGUCACCCGUCCGGCCACUUGUGUUUGUUGCAGUCACUGGGCAAGGUGUGUUGCAAGUGUUUGAUUUGAGUCAGAAGUGUCUCAGACCAGUGGCCACCAUUGAGCAGGACACUGGGGGUCAGUGUGCUCUGUGUGUGGAGUUUAACCAGCAGCAGCUCCUGGCUGUUGGCAAUGCAGACGGUACAGUGAACAUCUGGCAGCUGAGUGCUGAGUUCACAGACCAGCGGCCCAGAGAGAGCGCCAUCCUGCAACAGCUCGCAGAUGACGUACCCGAGUGAUCCACAAAGGGUGCAGGGCGGCGUCUCGAAUAGAGAACUCUGAUCAUGUGGGAGAACUCAGGAGAAAGAAAUCCUCCUAUUAUCCUGAACAUUAUUCUGCCAUGAAAUGUUCACACACGGUUGCUUUUUUUUACUAGAUAAAAAGAACAAUACUACCCUUACUUGCUUUUGAGAUCACUUGGUUUAAAAUUUAAUCUUUAUGCAGAUGAUGAUACUCAGAUCUAUAUUCAUUUUAAACCUAAUGAAACUGUGCCUGUUGAUUUUCUUUCAUUCAUUCAUUCAUCUUCUACCGCUUAUCCGAACUACCUCGGGUCACAGGGAGCCUGUGCCUAUCUCAGGCGUCAUUGGGCAUCAAGGCAGGAUACACCCUGGACGGAGUGCCAACCCAUCGCAGGGCACACACACACACUCUCUCAUUCACUCACGCAAUCACACACUAGGGACAAUUUUCCAGAGAUGCCAAUCAACCUACCAUGCAUGUCUUUGGACCGGGGGAGGAAACCGGAGUACCCAGAGGAAACCCCCGAGGCACGGGGAGAACAUGCAAACUCCACACACACAAGGUGGAGGCGGGAAUCGAACCCCGACCCUGGAGGUGUGAGGCGAACGUGCUAACCACUAAGCCACCGUGCCCCCCCGUUGAUUUUCUUACUGAAUGUAUCUCUAAGAUGAAGGAAUGGAUGACAGAAAAUUGUCUUAACAGUGAAAAGACUGAGAUUAUGCUUGUUGGCUCACCCCACCAACUAUAAUGAUUUGCUAUUUUAAAUUUGGACAAUUUAAACUCAUUAUUAUUAUUAUUAUUAUUAUUAUCUAGCCAGCAUUAUACUGUGUUAUGUCACAAAACUGUUAAGUUGUACAAUGUCAUGUAAAUGUUUGUGAUUAGAAGAUCAGCUGUGGUGAAAUUAAAACCAGGCAAUUAUUGUCC